GUACGUACCUUGAACAUUCUAUUUUCCAAAAUUCAUCGACAAUCAUAUCGCGGUUAAAAAAAAUCAUCACGUGCUUUCGCUUCGUUUAUGUAUGAAUCGCGAUUAUUGUUUCAAGUCCACGUUAGAACUGCAAUGGAUUCCAAUUUAGAAUGGUAAACGAACGUGCCGUAAUAAUUCCUGUAAGUAAGUAUAAUUCGAGAAUGAGCCUUUCUGAGGAGCAAGCUAUUUUCGUCACUUGAUGCGACCAAAUCGGUGGUUCAUGAUCUUGCAACACCCACACCCUGGGCAGGAAAGAAACAGGCUUGAGCAGAAAAAAUGUUGCACGCGAUAUGGAGAAAGAAGAGGUUGUGUCUUACGUCCUUGGAAGGUCGCAUCGUGCCAGGUCACCGCUCCGGCGCCAGCUUGGCCAGCUACUAAAUCCCGAAUCGCGUUCCUGGGAUCUCGAGGAUGGAUGUAUCUGAAAACAGAAUUUAUUAGAAAAUAUUCUUAGCCAGAAAUAUCAUCAGGGGGAUAAACGAGAGAAGAGAAGCACUGAUGCCUUUGAUCGGACAAAGAUAAUAACGGUCGGUGUUAUCCCGCAGCGAGAAUAAUUAAAUGGCUCGCGUGCCACGAAAGAAAUCGAGUAUCAAAGAAAACGUCCGAACGAGAUAACGAGGUGCACGGUAUAGAGAAUAUUAUGAAUUCCUCCGUGGAGAACACUAUCGAUACUUUUUCGGUUGGUAAAUGUACGACGAAAUAAAGUACGAAUUCUGUGAAGUCGCGUGCUUGCUUUGCUCAUUCAACAUAUCUGUAUCGAUAAAAUGUUUCCCUGUGUGAUACAUGGCCAACCAUUUCGUGUUCUUCCUCCUCACCAGCGGCAAUAUUUUAUCCCGUCCUAUUAAAAAAAUAUCCAAGUUCCCGUUUUGACCAUAUUCAAUGGAAUUCAUCUUCUGCACUUUUCGUUUCUCUCAGAGAUGUUUCCCAGAGUCACAUUGUCGUCCAAAUGCGGCGAAACUAGAGAGGGUAUCGACAAUUCAAGGGGUUCGUGUGAUCGAAGUGACAGAAGCUUGCGAAUGCACGCCGGAUUCAUCCUGUAGGCGAGAGUCUUUCACACAUCUCGUUCAUUCUGGCACUCCUCAUCAGGCCGUGAUGGAUGUAGGAGUAUGUAUGGGUCACUGUGCUAAAGGAGACGAAGUGUAUCAAGUGAUUGAGAAAUGUGGCUGCGCUGGAACAUGCCACAAAAUGGAUCAUAUGGAGACCGUUCUAGAUUUUAGCGAAGUCGAAAUUAAGGAUGGUACGAACACAACGGAUGUCAGGCCAGUCGUUCGGCAAAUUAACGUCGGACAAUGUGUUGGGACGUGUCCAGGGAAUGAGACGGAAAUGUGUCUUUUGAGAGACAAAAAAGAGCCAUCGAGAUGUUUGGCUGCCCUGUACUCGAAGCAACAUACUUGUACGCCCGCUAGAUUCAAAGUUCACGAAUACAGGACUCGUCGUGGAUCGAAGAGAGAAAUUAUUCAAAUUACACAGUGCGCCUGCGUUUGAAUAAAAUAGGGAAGAUCGCGAGAGAUCUAUUGAAAUCAACAGACCAAUAAAACAGACUUAUAGAGAUAUUUAGGUUACUUUAUACAUCGCGUAAAUACAAAGUACCAUUUCGAUGUUCCUACAUGCACCGUGUAUUGGUAUUACAAAUAAACGUACAAUGACUU